AUGGAGUUGGGUUAUGUUCUAGUCAUACGGCGAACGAACAAAAACUCGGUAAAGGUGGUUAAUAAAAUUACACUAAUAUGUCACCACGGUGGACCACGCGAUAAGAGGUUAGUUGGGCCACCAAAACGGUCCAAUAAAAUAGACUGUCCCUUUACUUUGGAAGGUCGCCCCGGGCGUGAUGGUGGUUGGAGGGUAACUGUCAAGGACUUGAGACACAAUCAUGAUCCAACUGCCGAUCUGCAUGGAAAUGCAUACGCGAGACAGAUGACGGAAGAAGAAAAGGAAUAUGUGGGAAACCAAUCGGAUCACGGUUUGUACCUACGUCAGAUCCUGGUAAACCUCAAACAUGAAUUUCCGGGAAACCUGACUCAAAGAGGAGACAUUACCAACUUUCUGAAAUCAAAACGAAGGUCGUGCCAAGCUGGACGUACUCCAAUGCAGGUUAUGUUCUCAUUGCUGCAGGAUAAGAACUAUUUUUACCAGUUCACUACAAAUAGUAAAAAUGGACAGUUGGAGAACCUUUUUUUCAUGCAUCCAACAUCAAUGACCCUAUGGCGCGCUUUUCCCUAG